CUGACAGGCUAUCGUACGAUUAAUAAUAACCAAUAAACAGACAAGUAAAUAAUGUUACAAAUUCGUGCGCUUAACGAAGACCCAGAGAAUAACUGUAGCGGUACAGAAAACGAUAUUAAAGUUACCACCGAAGCUGAGGAAACUAUUGUUGUAUCUGAAUAUUUAAGAGCUUUGAAAUUAAAACAGUCGAAUCAGCUAGAUAAUGCUCUUCAUCUUUUCUUGGAACUACUUGAGAUUGAAAUAUUGGAUAAGCUGUUUGUCGACAACCAGGAUAAACUAUUUUUGGUCAAGUAUAAUUGUUUUCGUAAUGUAGGCCACAUUUACCAAGAACAACAACAAAAUAAUCUGGCGCUGCACUAUUUUAUUAAAGCUGUUGAAAUGGAUGAAACAGAUGUACAAACAAUGUAUUGCCUGGCAAAUCUAGCACUCAGCAUUGAGCAAAUUCAGGUGGCCAAGAUGUACUACGAAAAAUGUAUUGAACGCAAUCCCAAUCAUUGGCCUAGUUUAGAUGGCAUGCUGCAGUUGUUCUGUGCCUCAGGAAAUAUCAUCGAAGUUUUGGCAUGGGCUAUGCAUUGUUUUGAGAAGGAUCAAAGUUAUAAACGCGCUAUCCGCGUGCUAGCCGAAAUAGGGGCUCGAUUUAUGUCAUUUCCGUUUUUGGAGGAGCUGUUUGCAAUUUUGUACAAUGUUAACAAAACAGUUGACACGUCUGCUACGAUACCUGUCGUAAAUUGUGUGGCAUAUAAUCAUAUGAUCUGGCAGAAGGAGCCAGUUUUUGACUACUUCAAAUACAAAAUUCACAAACUGGAUUGGCUGACCUUAGGAAACUUAAUUCUGCAGUUGAAUGCCGAUUCAGAACAACUAAACCAGACGUUUCUCAUUUUGUUCAAGCUGCAUGAAUUUCUCGGAAUACAAAUUGUAACGGGUACCUCAGACUUAUCCAAUAAUGAUUCAACGAAGCCAUUACAUUCGGCCACCGAUAUACCAUAUGGUGGAAUCGACAUCGUCAGCACUUCUAGCAUAGAACCGAUUAUUGAUUUGGAAGUUAAAGGUCGCCGUCGUGGAAGUGAAUUGAAAAUUCUGGAACAAUGGGGAUGGCACAAAAGUCGCCGAUCAUCUCGUAAAAAAAGUGUUUACGAUACAUCUGAGUCAAUUGUGUCAACGGCCGAUGGGUUCCUUAAACGCACUCUAAGCACCUAUUUCAGUGUAUCUUUCGAGGAUAAAGUCUCUCCGUUCUCUGAGAAGGAAUACGACGGCGAAAGUGAUGGUACUAAACAACUGAAUGGUCCAGUUAUGUGCUCCAUCGAUAAAUUUAUUGACGAAAGUCAGAAAAAAUUCGAAUUUGUCAUAGGAGAACUACAGAACGCAGAAUUUGAUUUGUAUACGUCGAUACAUCGCUACCUGCACUAUAUAUCGUUCUGUUGGGAUACACUUAUUCCACCAGAAUUGCGUAAUUUGUACACACGCCUCUACAAAUUGUUCGUCCAGUAUGAAUGUUGUCAGUCGUGGAAUCAGCUGUUAGACGCGGAAAUAACUGACAGAUUUAGAAUUACACUGCUUUAUCUUGAGUUUCAGUAUGAUUCCAGGGAUUGUGAUGAAUUGCACAGUUUGGAAAGCACGAUAGAAAUGGAGCUCUAUGACCAGUUGAACAAGUUACAACUUUAUUCAGUAUACUUAACGGAGAAAGAAAAUUUUUUACUUCACGCUAGAUAUUUAUGGCUAAACUAUGUAGUUUCCAUUAAAGAAAAUAUGUUUGAAGCAGCUUUGGAAACGCUUCUACAGAUGGAGCUAUUAUUGUCAAAGCAAUCAGAUUCACUAUGCGUGUAUUUGCCUAAUCAGAUAAAAAACAACGUUUUCAAGCGUAGUUAUAUUCAUCAGCUUACUACGUCGCUAAAACGCAAAAUUUGUCUAUGCAACGUGAAAAUUCUGUACGAUGAUUCAAAGUAUUAUGAAAUAGUGGAUAUAUUAAAAGAAAGCUUGAUGUACAUCUCGGAAACACCAACUGACAGUGGUUCAUUGAGCAUAUCUGGUCAAAUAGAAAUUUUACUGGAAUGUCUCUGGAACUUGGAAGCAUAUACGGACUGUGUUGUUUGGGCUGAAAAAGCACUGAAAUAUGCUACUGAUAUAUUUAUAGCAUUUCCGAAUGACGAUUGCUUGCAGAAGAGUUGGGGGAAAACUAUUAAUUGUAUUCUAAUCUAUAUGCUAGCACUUAUAGAAAGAGAGACCAGCAAGAUUCUUCAAUUUGAUAUUAUGGCACGGUUGGUUCAAUCGAUUCAUAAAAUUUUAACGAAGCUGUUGGAUCCCCAGCCAGAAAAAAAUACAUUCACUCAGUACACAAUUGAUUGUUCCAAAGCAUGGGCAAUUUUAUACUACGUGUUAGAAGGCGAAGAUGAUAAAGCAAUGGUUUUUCGUAAGAAUCGCACGAACGAUAUUGAACUGAGCGUCAAUGAAAUGGAUGAAGAAACCCUAUUCAGCUCGAUCAUGAUGUUCUUCGUUGCACACGAGCUGCUGGGAAGACGACAAUGGUGUUCAAAAGAUAAAAGUCACAUUCUGUUCAUGAUGCUCGAUGUGAUUGUUCCUAAACUGAGGUCACCUAUAUUAGAACCAUACCGUGAUAUUAUUAAUGAAUGCUUAGAGCAAACAACAUACUGUCUCUAUGGAUACCCACCAAAGAAAGGUAGAAUGCGUCAUGUACAGGAUCACGAGGCUAGUCAGGAAACCUUGUCGUGGGAGAAAGCUGUACAGCUAUUCAAUAUCUACCGACCCGAUGUGUUACCCGAUUUCAAUUCUUACAAAAUUGAUUCUAUAACUGCUGAUAUGGAAGCAAUGCUGCAACACAUCCUUUUAGUAUUUCCGGGAAAGGUUGACGUUUCAAAUCAAACAGGUCCUAUUGUGAACUUUAUCAACGGAACUGAUGAAGUUGUACCAAAGGCUGCUUGCAGUGAUCUACCGAUAUUAAAAAUCAAGUGUAUUUUCUACCUCCUGGCGGACUACUAUUUUAAAAGCAGAGACUUUUUUAAGGCAAUUGAAUACUACGUGAUGGAUUUGACCAUUGAACCCACACGAUUUGACUCAUGGGCUGGAAUUGCACUAUCAAAAUCUAGCAAAUGCGAAACGAUGCUAAACUCGGCUGAAAUUCUCAGACACCUUUGGUUGAAAGGUCUUAAAUACCAUCAUAAUGGGGACGACAGCUGA